AACCCACCUGCCUUGUAGUUCGUCAUCCAUUUUGCAAGCUGCUGCCCCACGAUGUGCGAGACAGGGCUGAUCACACCGGAGCCCUCUAGCCCCAUCCAGUACUAUGGCGAAUCAUCUGAUACCUACUACCACGUUGACCGCUGGCAGAGGCUCCGCACGGCUGUCAGGAAACUGGAGUUCUGGGAAAACUUCAACGCUGAGAUAAUAGGUAGUGGCUUCUUCUCCAAGGUCUACAAGGUGACCCAGGCUGCCACUUGCAAAGUGAUGGUGGUGAAGAUCUACAAGAAUGACGUGGACCAGGAGGUGAUUAUCCGUGAGAUCAGCCUGCUGCAGAAGCUGUCCCACCCCAAUAUUGUCAGGUACCUCGGGAUAUGCGUGAAGGAUGACAAGCUAUACCCCAUUCUGGAGUAUGUGAAUGGAGGAUGCCUGGAGGAGCUCCUGGCUAGCAAAGACAUCGCUUUGACCUGGAAGGAGAAAGUGGACUUAGCUUCCGAUAUCACUAGAGGCAUGAUCUACCUGCACUCCAAGAACAUCUACCACCGGGAUCUCAACUCCAAGAACUGUCUCAUUCGAGUAACUCCACGGGGCCGUGAAGCCUUGGUGACUGACUUUGGGCUGGCCAGGGAGGUGGUGGAGCUGCCCGUGAAGAACGUGGAGAGGAAGUUGUCUCUGGUGGGCUCUGCUUUCUGGAUGGCUCCUGAAAUGCUACGGGGAGAGCCCUAUGACCGGAAGGUGGAUGUGUUCUCCUUUGGCAUUGUCCUUUGUGAAAUCCUGGGUAGGAUACCUGCUGACCCUGAAGUGCUUCCCAGGACUCAGGAUUAUGGCUUGGAUGUCACUGCCUUUCAAGGGAUGAUCAGUGAAUGCCCCAAGCAAGUAAUGGACCUUGCUGCUUGCUGCUGUCGGGUGGAAGCAUUUAAGAGACCGUCCUUCUCUGAAAUCCUGGAGGAGCUGGAAGAUGUUGCAGAGAGCCUGGAGCCUAGGAAGGACAAUCAGCUUUCGGGCUGACCUGCCGCUUCCUGUGAAGCCUGAUAGAGUAUUGCACAAACUGUAAAAUAACUGUUUGCAGGGUCAGGAGUGAAGAAGGAAGGUGGGAAAGGGAAGCGCUAAGUGAUGCACUGGUAUUUAUUUAAUCAUAGUCUCAGUUUCUAAUUUGUUGGAUGUAAAACAAGGAUAAAAAUGGAGAAGGGACUUACUGAGAAUAUAUUUUUCCUAGCUAAGGUUUUUAACAGAUGUAAUUUGGACACUGAACAGCUUUGCUUAUUAAAAA